AUGGGCCGUUUGUCGGACAGCUCUCCGCCACAGGAUUCAACCAAGAAACCACCUCAUGAAACCGGAGAGCUCGAUGCUGCUCCUCAACCCGCGCAGGACGAGUCGGAGACCAUCACUGUGAACGCAGAUCGAACUAGAUGUGAGACUGAAAGCCAAGAUGGACGCAAAAAUGCUGCAGAGGCCGAACAAGCGGCCUCCUUAGGCAACUACUUUAGAGUCCUUUCCUACACAAGCGCCAAGGAUCGAGUCAUACUCGGAAUGGCGUUGAUAUGCUCGAUUGGAUCUGGAGUGCCACUGCCCCUGAUGAAUAUCGUGUUCGGUAAGAUGGUUGGCGAAUUCAACGGAUAUUUUAUCCCUGGCACCUCGGUCACAGAAGCACAAUUUAAAUCAUCCGUGAGCAAACUGAGCUUGUAUAUCGUUUACCUCUUCAUUGCCAAGUUCGCUUUAACAUAUGUCUCAAUGUUAUGUUUCCGUGUUAUCGGUCUUCGAGUCUCAGCUGCCUUGCGGCUGGAAUACAUGCAGUCCCUUUUCACCCAACCGAUAGCUACACUCGAUCAAGUGUCGGUGGGCACGGUCACGAAUACCAUCUCGACGCUCUCCAAUUCGAUUCAGCAAAGUAUUUCCGAUAAGCUUGCAAUUUUGUUCCAAUCUCUGGCUCUGCUAAUUACAGCAUAUAUCAUCGCCUUCAAAUACUCGUGGGCCUUGACUCUCGUUACCAGCGCUUCCCUCUUGUUUAUCCUGAUCGCUUGUAGUGUGACGAUUCCCAUUAUCACCAAAGUUCAACAGAAAGUCGACAAGGCCGAUGAGAAGCAUUCAUCAAUAGCAGCAGAAGUGUUUGGCUCGAUUCGAACUGUCGUUUCCCUCGGGGCUGAGGAGCCUCUCAGACAGAAAUACGCCACCUGGAUUGAAGAAUCACGAAAGCGUGGACAAAACAUGUCCAUUGUCAUGGGAGUCCAAUUUGCUCUCAUGUUCUUUGCAAUGUACUCGAGCUUUUCUUUGGCGUUCUGGUUUGGACUGAAGUUGUUCCGCGAAGGCCAUAUCGAUAAUAUCAACACAGUCAUCACUGUGUUUUUCUCCAUUAUGAUUGCAGUCACAAUCCUGGGAAACAUUGCAACACCAUUGAUCAUGAUCUCCAAGGCCGCCAGCGCCGCGAGUUCAUUUUUCGAGAUGAUCGACUCCGAGAGGAUUGAGCUUGGCGGGCUCCGUGAUCCGGAUGUUUCAGCUCAUGUGGACAUUGUUUUCCAAGGUGUCCACUUUACAUAUCCUACGCGACCGGAUACUGCGGUUCUCAAGGGUCUGGAUGCUCGAUUCAAAAAAGGCAAGACCACGGCAUUGGUUGGCCCAUCAGGCUCGGGUAAGAGUACCAUUGUGGCUCUAGUAGAACGAUGGUAUCAACUGGGAGUGAGAAAAGAGGACCAUAGCCGAGGAACCAUCUCCGUGGGCGAACACAAUAUCAAUAGCCUGGAUAUAAAAUGGUGGAGAUCGCAGAUCGGACUGGUUCAGCAGGAGCCCUUCCUUUUUAACGACACUAUUUUCAACAAUGUCUCAUUCGGCCUCAUCGGAACGAAAUGGGAAAACGAAACCGAAGCGGUGAAGAGAGAGAUGGUGGAGAAGGCCUGUAGGGAGGCCUUUGCGGAGGAAUUCAUCAGCCGCCUGCCAAAGGGAUAUUCCACCCUCGUGGGCGAAAACGGCACCAAAUUGAGUGGUGGCCAAAGGCAACGCCUUGCAAUUGCUCGUAGUAUCGUAAAACAGCCCACUAUUUUGAUCCUAGACGAAGCAACAAGUGCAAUCGAUGUCCGUGGCGAGAAGAUUGUCCAAGCCGCUCUCGAGCAAGUUUCGAAAAACCGCACCACCAUCGUAAUUGCUCACCGGCUAUCUACCAUUCGACAGGCAGAUCACAUCAUUGUCAUGAAAGGCGGUGUUAAUGUCGAGCAAGGAACACACGACGAGCUAUUGGCAGAUGAAAAAGGUGUUUAUCAUGACCUUGUCCAUGCUCAAAAACUUGAGCUUUUGGCAGAAGACGAGACCGACGAGAGUGAUAUUGCUCAUCGGCUAAAAGAAGAGGUCCAGUUGGCCCAUUUGGCUCUCGAUGAUAAACCACAGAUGGAGGAAGAAGUUAAGAAAAGCAAAACUCGGGGUUUCUUUAGUAGCGUCGGUCUGCUUCUAUAUGAACAACGUGCAAAUUGGCCUUUUUACUUAACGACUAUAUUUGGCGCAGUUGGUGCAGGAGCCGCUUUCCCGCUUCAGAGCUGGCUUUUCGCCAAACUCAUUCAUGUAUUCCAAUAUACUGGUCAACAGCUUGCUGAUGCCGCCGACUUCUGGGCUUUGAUGUUCUUCAUCCUUGCCCUAGGCGUUGCUCUCUGCUACAGCAUCGUGGGAUACUCUUCCAACUCGCUUUCAGUGAGGAUUGGUUCGUCCUGCAGGAAGGAGUAUUUUCAGAGCAUAUUAGAGAAACCUAUACCAUUCUACGAUAUGAAUGAGAAUGCAUCUGGAUCUUUGAUUUCCCGCCUGGCAACCGACCCAAAGCAAGUUCAAGAACUGCUUGGAAUGAAUGGGGUAUUCCCCGUUAUCUCCAUAUUCAGCAUGGUCGGUUGUAUCGCAAUUGCGUUCUCGUUCGGCUGGAAACUCAGCCUCGUGGCUGUGUUUGCCGCCCUGCCAUGCACCUUCCUAGCCGCCUUUAUGCGCAUUAGAUAUGAAUUGCAGUUUGAAGCAAUGAACGCAGAAGUGUAUUCUGGAAGCUCACAGUUUGCAGCAGAAUCUAUCGAGGCUUUUCGAACUGUAUCGGCAUUAACGAUGGAAGACGCAAUCCUUGACCGCUAUGCCAAUCUAUUGAGACAGCAACAAAACAAAGCUUUCAGAAAAGCCUGGUACGCCACCCUGGUAUUUGCUUUUUCUGAUAGUGUUGAGCUAUGUGCGAUGGCCCUCACCUUCUGGUACGGUGGUCAACUGCUCGCGUCUAGAGAGUAUCAGCCGACAUCAUUUUUUGUCAUUUACAUGGCCAUCAUCCAGGGAGGGCAAUCAGCCGGUCAAUUCCUCAGCUUUGGACCGAAUAUGGCGCAAGCCACUGCAUCGGCUAACCGGGUAUUGAGCCUACGAUCCAGUUCAGUCACGAAGGAUAUCAUCGGACAGAAACAACUUGCCCGCUUUGCUUCACAAUCUGGAGCUAGCAUCGAUUUCUGUGACGUUGCUUUCAAAUAUGCAUCUCAAGAUGUCCCUCUUUUCACUGGACUUGAUGUUCGUGUUGAAAGCGGACAGUUCGUUGCCUUCGUUGGACCUUCUGGCUGCGGAAAAACAACUGUAAUAUCCCUGCUGGAACGGUUUUAUGACCCUUUUCAAGGCACGAUAUCCCUGAAUGGCCAAGACAUCCGCUCCCUUGAAGUAUCAUCCUAUCGCAGAUCGUUAUCGCUAGUGGCCCAAGAACCAAGACUCUUCGAGGGAACAAUUCGUGAGAAUAUCACACUUGGACAGGAUAAAUCUGACUUCACCGAGGAUGAGAUAAUCCAAGCUUGCAAAGACGCUGAGAUACAUGAUUUUAUUACGUCGUUACCUGAGGGCUAUUCUACCGAACUAGGUAUUAAAGCACAGACAGCUCUGAGCGGAGGCCAGAGGCAGCGGCUAUGCAUUGCGCGUGCACUGCUACGAAAGCCGUCAUUGCUUCUCUUGGAUGAGGCAACUUCGAGUCUGGAUUCGCAGUCAGAAAAGGUAGUACAAGCGGCUCUCGAGCGCCUGGCGGGGAGGAGAAACAUGACAAUUGUCGCGGUCGCACACAGACUUGCUACUAUCCAGAAAGCUGAUAUGAUCUUUGUCUUUGGCGAAAGCCAGACUGGCCAUGGAUCGCGAAUCGUGGAGCAGGGAACACAUCAGGAAUUGCUUCGGACUAAAGGAACCUACUGGCAGAUGUGUCAAGAAAAUGCCCUGGACAGGUGA